AGGAAGCCGCACAUGUGUUGACCAAAAGAAAAAAAAAAAAAGCCGUGACCUUUGAUGGGUUCACUUCCGCUGCAGUGGUCGCUGUAGUUUUUGUUAUAGUUGUUUUCCUGCUGUUUGUGUCGGCCACAGCUGAAGAUUUCACUCCACCUCCCACAAUGCACCUCGUUCCGUUACGUAAGGCUCAGGCGUCAGUCAGAGAAACGGUUGACAGCAGCGAGCGUGUAGGCCGAAGCUGGUAAACAACGCAAACGUUUGGGAAAGGAACGGAAACGGCGGCGGUGUUCGGGUUCGGGUUCUUUCGUUACGAUGUCUAACGUUGUUUUACGGUGUUUCGUGGUCCGUUAGCGGGUUUUUGUCAGCAGAAGAGAGUCUGCGCACCUGUCAGAGCUAAAUAGGUUAACCUAGCUAACCUGAGCUAGCGCGAAGCUAGUAGCCCGCCCAGGUUAGCUCAGGUAGGCGGCCGGCCAUGUCGUCGCCCUCCUCCUCCAGGCGCCAGUGGUGCUACCUGUGCGACCUGCCGAAGAUGCCCUGGACGGUGGUGUGGGACUUCAGCGAGGUGGUCUGCCGCGGCUGCGUCAACUACGAGGGCGCGAACCAGAUCGAGUUCUUGAUCGCGAGCGCGCGGCAGCUGAAGCGCUCCCACAGCAUGCAGGACGGCAGCGUCCGCUCGCCCGGCCCGUCGCUCAACAAGCAGGGAGCCCCCGCCAGAGGAGAGGCGGGGGCGGACGGAGCCCGGCCGCACAACGAGCGCUUCGACCGGGGUGGCAGAGCAGAGAGCGGCGGCUCCACGGCCCGCGUGCCGCCCAACGGGCUGCACCGCGACGGGCAGCCCGCUCCGGAGGUGAACCGCCAAAGCCCCAGCCUCAGCCGCAGACCCAUGCUGGGGGCGGCCAUACCCCCCAGUCUAGUGACUCAGAGCAUCGCGGGGAUCCCGCACGGGCUGUUUGCGGGCGUGCCCGCGGGUCUGACCGCCAGAACAGCCCCCAUGAGCAGCCCCAUGAUCUUCCCCGCGCCGGUGCUGGCCGAGAUGAGCCGGCGGCAGCAGCUGGGCAUGGGCAUGGGGAUGCCCCCGUUCAUGACCCAGGAGCUGGAGCGGGAGCUGAACUCCUCACAGAGCAAGGUGCAGGCGCACGCCGCCGCCACCGUGACCGGCAGCAGCUCCAGCAAGACCCUCCCCUCCUCCUCCUUCUCCAUGGCCGGGGGUGUGAGCCAGACCAGCCCCAAACCCGCCUCAUCGCCAGCCAGGCAGCCACGCCCCCCAACCGCCAGGUCCGGAGGGGAGCCGCUGGGGUCCAGCACGUCGGCGGAGGCCGCCACGACGGCCGCAGCUUUACCCAACAGCGGGGCGUCCGAGCAGGGAGGGGCAUCUGCCAGCAGCGCCCACUCCGCCGGAAACACCCUGUCCUGCACCCUGUGCCACGAACGGCUGGAGGACACCCACUUUGUUCAGUGCCCAUCUGUGCCGGGACACAGGUUCUGCUUUCCCUGCACCAGGGUGUACAUCCAGAGCCGGCGGGGCGACGGCGAGGUGUACUGCCCCAGUGGGGAGCGCUGCCCUCUGGAUAACUCCCCCAACAGCCCCCCGUGGGCCUUCAUGCAGGGAGAGGUUUCUACCAUACUGGGAACGGGCGGAGCUCCUGCUCCCGCAGGUGGAGCUGCCGCAGGCCAAGCAGCCGCAGCCGGGUCGGGCCCCUCAGCGCCGUCUGCCAGCGCGGACGUCACUGUCAAGAAGGAGCGAGAGACGUGAUGUUUAACAGAAUCUCCUUCAGGACGAGGUUUAUUCUCUGCUGAAGGUUCCAGAGGAGGAGGCGUGUCCAUAAAGCAGCUCCCAUCAUUCAGCGGCGUUCUCAGCAG